AUGGCAGAUAAGAAAGGUCUUAAAACGAGGCCACAGGCAUUAGGUAAUGUCGAUACAAACAGACUGCGUGGUAAGGGAAACUGUUAUGGGAGAGGUAGAAAGCGCUGGACGGCAGAAGCAGAUCGCCUGAGGAAUAAAAAACAAGUGCAGCCGAAGGAGGAAGAUACAGGUGAGUCCAAGGUGGAAGCAGAUGGUGAGCUUACCCAAUUCCUGGGGGAUAAUAUAAGGGACUCGGAGCCCGUCUCCCUGGAUAGGCAGAGAGUUGAGCAGUUGCAGGAGGACUUGAAGACUCAAGAGUCAAAAAGUGCCAACAGUGCAAACAAAUGUGAUCAUUAUCUCUGUAGCAUUGCUAACAGGAAAAAACUUCCCAAUUUCAGAUUGUGGUUCUUGUUUGAAUUGGAGGUCAGUUAUUCGGGAACCGAGAAUUUGAGAGACUGCUACUAUAGCCAGAUUUACAGAAAACUAGAUCCAAGCUGGAAAUUAGAAAAUGUGUUUCAUAAACAAGAUGAUUCAAAGGAUAUCACUUCGUUUUCUCUGGGCCAAGUGAUUAUACCAGAAACUUCUUUUUCCCCAGAAUACCCCCAUAGGAAUAGUGAGUGCGUUUCGGUUCAUACUCAAUAUCCGCAGGAGUCCUCAGCUAAAAUAUCUGCAAGUUUUUUAUCUUCCAGAAACAAAAGAGAGGUAUUCGACCAGCAGUGUGUGAACGCUCAGGAUAUACUCAACGAAAAACGAGGGGUGACACCAUUCGUGGAGAGCAAUUUAGCUGGUACUGAAAACUGUUGCUCCUUAGAAAAAAAAUUAGGAAUGAUGCAUGGCUUGGAUUUACCCGAAAUGAAAGGUAACUAG